AUGCUCUGUUCACAAGAAAAAUCAAGAGGUAUUGUUAGAGAGCAACAAGUUAUGGAUGAGUUUAGACGAGUUCUUGAUAUGUGUACUCUUAAAGACUUAGGCCAUGAUGGGUCUUGGGUUACUUGGGAGCGUGGAAAUUCUGAAAAUUUGAUUGUCCAAGAGAGAUUAGACCGAUUUGUUGCGUGUAUAGGAGGGAAUGGAGGAUGUGGUGAGGGAGGCGUGGGGGGACUCUCGACAUCUAAUUAUGCCUCACAAACUGGAGAUGGUGGAACAAAGCUCACGGCUUGGAGUAAGGACUCUCUUGACAAUCUUGGCCCGAAAAUUGCAGAGGAAGAGGACUCUCUUAAAGCAGCUCAGAUUAGUCAUGGCGGCACUUUGAAUUUUUCCAAAUGUUCUCGACUUGAAGCCCUCCUAGAUGACCUCCAUGAGAAAAAUGAAGCGUAUUGGUACCUUCGCUCUAGAGUCUCGGAAAUUAAGGAUGGUGACCGCAACACAAGCUACUUUCACCACAAAGAUUCACAACAUAAGAGCAAAAAUUAUAUCAAGGAGCUUGAGGAUGCACAGGGAGUAUGGAGAAUGGGGGAGAAAGAGGUUGAACAGAUUAUUAUGAAUUUCUAUAGCUCACUUUUUGCAGCAGGAGAUAUUGAAGACAAUAUGAUGAAUGAGGUACUUGCUUGUGUACCAAAUCUGAUCACCGAAGGUAUGAACCUUUCUUUGUGUCGCAAUUUUUCCAAAGAUGAAAUUCAUAUAACUCUAAUCUCUCCUAGUGUGAUAAACAGGACAAAUGUUGCUCUUACUCUGAAAGUGAAAAAUCCCAUAAGCAUUACUCAAUUAUGCCCUAUUGUGUUAUGCAUUGUUCUCUACAAGUUGGCUUCUAAGUCUAUGGCUAAUAGGCUUAAACCUCUCCUCCAAAAUAUUGUGACUGAAAACCAGAGUGCCUUUGUUCCAAAGCGCUUGAUCACCGAUAAUGCCCUUAUUGCUCUUGAGCUUUUCCAUACUAUGAAGAAGCGUGCAAAAGGUAGAAGAGGUUAUGCGGCUAUGAAUUUAUACAUGAGCAAAGCUUUUGACCGGGUUGAGUGGGAUUUCCUUCGGAGGCUUCUUACAAAACUAGGCUUUGCCGGAGCUUGGGUUGAUACCAUCAUGGCCUUUGUUUCCACGGUCGAAUACUCCUUCAUCAUAAACGAUGAACCCAUGACAACUCUUACUCCUUCGAGGGGGCUUCGGCAAGGUGAUCCUAUUUCACAUUACCUCUUUAUCUUAGUUGUUGAUGUCCUAUCUAGGAUGAUACAGUUGGCUUCGGAGAAAAAACAAAUUCAUGGUGUGAAGAUUAUGGUUUCCAAACUCAAGAAGAACUCCUUCAAUAUGUCACCAGUGGACAAUAUCUUAGAGGAGACCGUUUUAUCUAGUUCUAGUUUUCAUUCUCUUUUAUGGUCUCAUGUAAAGCGGGAUGGCAAUGUCGUAGCUCACCAUCUUGCUAGAAUAGUGUUGGUUGGUCUUGAACAAUGUUGGGUAAACCAUGCUCCUAGUGCCCCGUAUGUAUUAGUUGAUUAUCUUACUAUGAUUCAAUAA